AUGUCCGCUCCGCGGCCCUCCACCAACACCAUCAACGGAGGCACACCCGCCGGCGAUGAGGUCGCCGAAGCCGUAUACAGCUUCAAGCUGCUCGAGGCGCUAAGGAAGGGCGACCAGCAGGCACUCAUCCCGCUCCUCCAGCCCACCCAUGCCAGCCAGAACCAUCUCGCAAAGGAGAGCACAUCCCCGCUCCACCUCGCCGUCCGCUGUGCCGACUUCAACAUCAUCUCGUUCCUCUUAAACUACAAGACCAUCGACAUCAACGCAACCGAAUCACAGCACGGCAACACCGCACUCCACAUCGCCGCCGCUUCCGGUCGCGACGAUGUUGUCCAGCUUCUCCUCGAACAGCACGACAUUGACGACUCCAAGCGCAACAACGACAACAGGGACGCCCUCGAGGUCUCCAAAACCCCCGAAAUCGCUCAGCUCAUCCAGGUCAGCCGUGCACAGCUCAACGUCAAGUACGUCGAUCUCCUCACCGCCUACGAGCAGGACACCCAGGCAGCAGAGCAAGCAAUCCACGCCCUCCUCGACCUCCCGCGCUACUCGGUCAUCGACCUCAACGCACACGGCGCCAACGGCUCCACCCUCCUUCACGAGGCAGUCCGCCGCAAAGAUACCCGCAUGAUCGAAACCGCCGUACGCAAGGGCGCAGACGUCUAUGCACGCGACCGUCGUGGCAAGCGCGUCGGCGACGUCACAAAGGACGAAAAGGUCAAGGCGCUCCUUCGCCAGCUCCACAACGCAGACGCCGCUCGCGCCAGCCAGGCAGCACACUCCGGUCAGCCCCCUUCCUUCAAGGGCUACCUCGGCAAGUGGACCAACAUCGCUCACGGCUACAAGACGCGCUGGUUCGUCCUCGAGGACGGCAUCCUCUCCUACUACCACAGCCAGGACGACGAGGGCAAGCAGUCGCGCGGCGCCAUCAACAUGCGCUACGCAAAAAUCCGCGCAGACAACAACGACAAGCACCGCCUCGAAAUCAUCAGCGAGACCGGCAAGGGCGUCUCCAAGCUCUACCUUCGCGGUACCCACCCCGUCGAGCGCGCACGAUGGGUACAGGUCCUCCAGCAGACCAAGGAAUACUUCAGCCUCGAGCGCCAAACCAGCCGCGCAGACAGCUUCUACCGCCAGCGCGCUCCUUCCACCUCUUCACUCCACAACCCCAGCUCCGCCUCAGCACCGCUCGCCAACCCCGCCGGCAUCGUCCGUCCUUCCUCCACUGCACCGCUUGCCAACCCCGCCGGCAUCGUCCGUCCCCCCUCCGCCGCACCCAGCGAAAAGGGCAGCCGCGCUCUGCUCUCCAUCAAGUCGCCCACCACCCAGCCUCCCUCGGGCGCCCCCAGCGAGCGCUCCCUCACGCUCGCCAACCGCAGCCCCAGCAUUCUCAGCCGUCUCUCCAGCGACGGUCGCCUCGACGACGAGAACGAGAACGGCGCCACCGGCGGCGCCAUGCCCUUCGAGUCCGAAUUCCCUCUCACCGCCGAGGCGCUCAAGGCGCAGGCCGAGGCGAGCCAGCGCCUCGUCGAAACACUUCUGGGCGCCGGCGCCGUGGCUGCUCCCGCCGUCUCGUCCGCGCGCAACUCGUCCGACGAGGUCAGCGCCGCCGCCGCCAAGUCGAACCGCUCCAAUCGCUCCUCGAGCACAUCCGUCUCCGGCAACAACGCCGACGCCGUGCGCUCGGCACUCGACGCCGCCGUGCGCAGCAACUUGCAGCUCGUCGAGCGCUACCAGGCCAUGGUCGCCGCUCGCGAGACGUACAUGACCAAGCGCUACGAGCGCGAGCUCCAGAUCAAGCAUCUAUGGGAGGAAAACAUGGCCGUCCUCGCACAGCAGCACGCAGAGAUGGAGGCACAGCUCAAGGAAGCCGCCACAGAAAACGCGCGCAGGCGCAAGGCGCUCCGCGAGGUGCGCGAGACCAUGGGCUCGUCGCCUGGAUCCAUGAUCUCGCCCUCGCUCGGCCCUUCCGCCUCGACAGGUUCCGUGCUGCACAACCCGGAACCUCGCCGCCAGUCGACCAUGCUCAGCAACGUCACCUCCCAGUCCUUCGAGACCGCCCAGACCGAUCCUGCCGGCGGCGACUCGCUGGCAGCGCGUCGGUUGGGCCACGAGGGCGGCGCGCAGCUUCAGCUCGACGACGCGCUCACACCGCCCAUUCAGGCGCAGCGUUCCCAGAUCCUGAGCAUCGCCGACGAAAAGGCGCUCGUGCGCGACUCGAUCGACGACGCCGACGACGAGUUCUUCGACGCCAUCGAGACGGGCAACCUGCCGGGCCUCAAGGUCGAAAAGUCGCUCGAGGAACCAGAGACGGGCCCGGACGAGUGGCCCGAGAAGUUCGACCGCAGCAUGGUGGAGGAUGCGAUUCGCGAGAGCAUGGCGCCGUACACGCAUUUGCGCACCAGCAUGCCCAUCGGCAAGGACGACCGCCCGUCGGUGUCGCUGUGGGCCAUCCUCAAGAACAACAUCGGCAAGGAUCUGACCAAGAUCUCGUUCCCCGUGAGCUUCAACGAGCCGACGUCGAUGCUGCAGCGCAUGGCCGAGGACAUGGAGUUCUCCGAGUGCCUCGAUGCGGCGUCGCUGCAGGAGGACUCGACGAAGCGCAUCGCCUAUGUCGCCGCUUUUGCCAUGAGCAACUACUCGUCGACCAUCGGCCGCAUCGCCAAGCCGUUCAACCCGCUGCUGGGCGAGACGUUCGAGUACAUGCGCCCGGACAAAAAGUACCGCUACUACUCGGAGCAGGUGUCGCACCACCCGCCCAUCUCGGCGUGCUUUGCGCAGUCGCCCACCUGGGAGUACAUGGGCUGCGUCGACGCCAAGUCCAAGUUCCUCGGACGCACGUUUGAGAUCCGUCCCACGGGCGUGGCGCACGUCAACCUCAAGGUGCCCAGGAAGUGGGUGCGCUCGGACAAGGAGCUCAAGCCGGCGCAGGCGCUCGAGGACCACGUGCUGGAGCACUACACCUGGAACAAGGUCACCACCUCGGUGUCGGGCUUCAUCGUAGGCAGUCCGACGAUCGACCACUUUGGCGACAUGGAGGUCACCAACCACGCCACGGGCGACCGGUGCGUGCUGACGUUCAAGCCGCGCGGCUGGCGCGGCAAGGAUGCGUUUGAGAUCCGCGGCAGCGUGUACGAUGCGCAGGGCAAGCUGUGCUGGGACAUUGCGGGCCGCUGGAACUCGCAGCUGGUGGCGCGCAAGGUGGGUGCCGGCUCGGGCGAUCUGAAUCCGGACCAGAGCGUCGAGGCUCCCGAUGGGCAGAUUGCGGUGGCGCAGCCGCUGGCCGAGUAUCUGCUGCUGUGGCGCAACUCGGACAAGCCGCCGACGCCGUUCAACCUGACGCCGUUUGCCAUCACGCUCAACUCGUGCCCGGACGACCUCAGGCCGUGGCUGGCGCCCACCGACUGCAGGCUGCGCCCCGAUCUGAGCGCGUUCGAGAGCGGCAAGUUCGACCAGGCCAACGACCUCAAGCAGAAGCUCGAGAACCACCAACGCGAGACGAGGCGCAAGAGGGAGCAGGGCGAGCUGCCGCCGCACGAGCCGAGAUGGUUCAAGCGCACCACGGACCAGGACACCAAGGAGACGCUGUGGCAGCCAGUACCUGCGCCGCCCAACUCGGGUCCUGGCGGCAAGGAGACCACCUCCUACUGGGCCGAGAGGCACGACGUCGGAUCCAAGAAGAGGGAGGGCCAGCAGGCGGACUGGAACAACGUCUACCACAUCUUUGGCGACUUUGAGAUCGUGUUGGUUAUGACGAGUGUCAACACGGCGCCGGUACCGCUGCCUAGCGUAGGCAAGCAGCUGAUUGUGUUUGAUUUCGACUGGUCGUUGGUCGAUCAGGAUACGGAUCGGUGGGUGCACGAGGUGCUCUGCCCGGAGCUGCGUGCCGAGUUGCAGCGACGCAAGAAGGGCGAGCAGUUUACGGAUCUGUGUGCGGAUCUGUUGCUCAAGCUGCAUGCGCGCGGCGUGACGCCCGACCAGCUGCGCGAUGCUCUGCGUCUGUUGCCCUUCCACCCGGGUGUCAAGCGCGCCAUCUCCACGCUCAAGCAGACCCCCCAGCCCAACACGACGCUCUUCCUGCUGAGCAACAGCAACACCGUCUACAUUAACACCAUCCUCGCCCACCACAACCUCGAAGGCCUCUUCGACGAGAUCGUUACCAACCCUGCACACUUCACGCCCGAAGGUGCACUGAAGCUCGAGCGUCGCAUUGCGCCUUCGGCGGUUCAGCACACUUGCAGCGUCGGGUGUUCGGCCAACAUGUGCAAGGGCGACGAGUUGGAAGCGUUCCUCGAGCGCCAUGGUGGACGCGACGCCUUUGACCGCAUCAUCUACGUCGGUGAUGGCGGAAACGACUACUGCCCCGUCAAGAGGCUGCGCACGAGCGACCUCGCGUUUGUGCGCAAGUUCCGCGGCCUCCAGACGCGCAUUGCGCGCGAAGGCGGCGUCAAGGCGGGCAUCAAGUACUGGAACGGCGCAUGGGAGCUCGAGGGCUAUCUCAACGAAGCACGUGGCGUCCCUGCACUCGACUACUAG